GCCGAGAUGAAGAAAGCCGAGAUCGCCGAGUUCUUCGACCGCCUGGCCACCGCCCUGCCGGAGCCCAAGGGCGAGCUGGAGUACGUCAACGCCUACACCCUGCUGGUCGCCGUGGUGCUCUCGGCCCAGGCCAAGAACGUCAUCGCCCUCUCGCGCCAGCUCCUCGCCGAGCACGGCGGCGAAGUGCCGCAGAGCCGCGAGGCCCUGGUCAAGCUGCCCGGCGUCGGGCGCAAGACCGCCAACGUGGUGCUCAACAUCGCCUUCGGGCAGGAGACCAUCGCCGUCGACACCCACAUCUUCCGGGUGGCCAACCGCACCGGCCUGGCGCCCGGCAAGACGGUCGACGAGGUCGAGCGCAAGCUGGAGAAGGCGGUACCCAAGCACCGCCGGCGGCACGCCCACCACUGGCUGAUCCUGCACGGCCGCUACGUCUGCAAGGCGCGCAAGCCCGACUGCCCGGCCUGUAUCGUGCGCGACCUCUGCGCCUACAAGGCGAAGACCACCGCCGAGGGGCCGCCGCCCCAGCCCCGCGCGACCCGGCGGGCGAAGACGGCGGGCGCCACCGGCUGA